GACUAAACAGGAGCAUUUUGUACGGAAGAGUCUUUAACCCUUGUGAAGGUGAAAAAUCCCCAUUCGGAGCCAGAGACGGUGGCUCGGGAAUAUACAGUUUUCUCGACUUUGCCUUAUUCAACCCCAUUAUUUGUCUUUGUAUUUUCUUUCUUACACCUUCAAUCCCUACUCUUAUCAUACUCAUCAUCGUCUUCGUUUUCGUUUGAUCCUUUUCUCUUUUUGUAAUUUCAAUUUGAUCAUUUUUCUCUCUUAUAUAUAUAUAUAUAUAUAUAUAUAUUUGUAUUCAAUUUUGCGAUUGAAUUGUCUGCACCGUUUCUUUCUUCUGCGGAAGAAGAAGAAGAAGAAAAAAUGGGGAAAUCGUCAAGGAUUUGGUGAAUGAGGAUGGGGUUGGAAUCUUCUGGUCAAUUCCUUGAUUUUCCUACAAGACUAUUGCUUCGCUGAAUCUGCGGAUUUGAGCUUUGAAUCUCAUAUAUAUACAUAUAUAUAUAUAUAUAUAUAAUUAUUAUUAUUUCUAUUUAUACCCAUAUAUAUAUUGGAGAGAGGCUUGAGGGGUCAUGGAUGAGGUGGUUACUAGUGAGGAAAGCAAACCUCAGCCCUCAGGGCUGUCAGCGGAUGAGAGUUUAUCACCAUCAUCAUCAUCGUCGUCACGACGGCCUCCUAGCCAGUUUCUAUUUUGUGCUUAUUCUCCCGCAAUUGAUACUAAUGAGAAGCCCCAAACUUUGCGUGUCGUUGUUCAAAGGCCUGUGGUAGCAAGAUUAACAAAGGACAUAGUCGAAACAUACAAAUUGUGCAACCCACAAUUCCACUAUUCGGAAGAAUUGAAUCCAAAGCGAUUCCUGACGAGCCCAUCGAUUGGAGUGCUCAAUGACGGCUAUGAUAACUCAAACUCAGACCUUAUACUGAAUGUGAAUUUUGUCUUGGUUAAUUUAGAAACACAGCGAAGAUACAUUGUCAAAGACAUUCUUGGCCAUGGGACAUUUGGGCAGGUUGCUAAAUGCUGGGUCGCUGAAACAAAAAGUUUUGUUGCUGUAAAAAUCAUUAAAAAUCAACCUGCAUACUAUCAACAGGCACUGGUUGAAGUUUCUAUUCUAACAACGUUAAAUAGGAAGUUUGAUCCAGAGGAUAAGCAUCACAUUGUUCGUAUUUAUGAUUACUUCGUGCAUCAGCGUCAUUUAUGCAUAGCUUUUGAGUUGCUUGAUACCAAUCUGUAUGAGCUUAUCAAGAUAAACCAUUUUAGGGGAUUAUCGUUGAGCAUUGUGCAGUUGUUCUCCAAACAGAUUUUGGACGGUUUGUCUCUGAUGAAAGAUGCUGGCAUAAUUCAUUGUGAUUUGAAACCAGAAAACAUUCUUUUAUGCACGAGUGUGAAACCAGCAGAAAUCAAAAUUAUUGAUUUUGGAUCAGCAUGUAUGGAAGAUCGGACAGUUUACUCUUAUAUUCAGAGCCGUUAUUAUAGGUCACCUGAAGUGCUACUUGGCUAUCAGUAUACUACUGCUAUUGAUAUGUGGUCUUUUGGGUGCAUAGUUGCUGAACUAUUUUUGGGGCUGCCACUAUUCCCCGGAGCAUCAGAAUUUGAUCUUCUAGGGAGGAUGAUCAAAAUACUUGGAGGACAACCCCCUGAUUAUGUACUAAAAGAGGCCAAAAACACUAGCAAGUUCUUCAAGUUUGUUGGGACUGUCAACCAUGGGGAGUCAAUGAGCAGACAGAGUGCUUACCAAGCAUUAACUGAAGAAGAGUGUGAAGCUAGGGAAUUAAAAAAGCCGUCAAUUGGAAAAGAGUAUUUCAAUCAUAUGAACCUUGAAGCGAUUGUCACAAAAUACCCUUACAGGAAGAACUUGCUUGAGGAAGAUAUUGUUAAAGAGAGUCAAAUACGAUUAGCGUUGAUUGAUUUCUUGAGGGGACUUGUUGAGUUCGACCCGGCAAAGCGAUGGUCACCUUUGCAGGCUUCAAAACACCCUUUUGUGACGGGAGAACCUUUCACAUGCCCGUACAAACCUCCUCUAGAGACCCCUCGCAUGCUUGUGUCUCAAAAUGUUAAAGUGGAUCAUCACCCAGCUGGAGGCCAUUGGUUUGCUGCUGGUCUCUCUCCUAAUGUUUCAGGCAGGACCAGAGUUGCCCUGCAUAACAGCCCACAUUUUCAAUUGGUUCCAUAUACAUAUUCUGGUAGUUAUGGCAGUUUAGGCAGCCACGGUAGCUAUAAUGAUGGUACUGGGCUUGGGAGCAGCUAUGGGAGCUAUGGAGAUAACAGUAAUAUGCUUGCAUCAUAUUAUUCGCCGGUUGGUCCAUCUGGGAUGAAGGGUGGCAUGUCAAUACUUGGAAGUAGCCCUGACGCAAGACGGAGGAUAAUUCAACUCCCAGCCGGGAAUGGACUUGGUGUCAGUCCAUCAGCAAGGAAAUUUUUGCGGCCUAUGUCCCUUGGUACUAGUCCUUCACAAUUUACUCCUCCAAGCUCCUAUAGUCAGGUUACUGCUGGUUCUCCAGGACAUUAUGGUCCAACUUCCCCAGCAAGAGGCAGUCAUGGAUCACCUUUAGGAAAGGUUGCUGCAGUCAGCCAGUUCAAUAGAAGAAAAAGUUGGGGGUAUUCUGGAGGUUUGCAGUCUCAGGAGAGUUCAUCAUCUCCUCAUUGGCAAGGGCAAGUAACUGAUGGCACCAGCUCUGGUCAAGCUGAGGGAAACUCUCCAGUACUUGGUGGUUCUCCGUUGCAUCUGCAGUCUAACUCAAAUGCUCCAAGUUGGAAGCAGCAACGAGGAUGCAAUGGAAUCACUGCUGGUUAUUCUGCAGCUCAUAAAAUUCCAGGUUCAUUAACACUUCCAAAUAUGCAACUCUCUCAGCCUAUGGAAGCUGCUCAUGACAAGCCGGAGGCAAGUCUCUCGCUGCCUGAUCCCGGGGAUUGGGAUCCCAACUAUAGUGAAGAACUUCUUUUGCAAGAGGAUGGUUCAGAUGUGAGUUGCAUGGCCUCUGAGUUCACCAAGGGGUUGCAACUAGGCCAAGCUUUGGUUCCCCCAGAAUCAUCAGUCUGUGUUAGAAGAUCUAACCGCAUCUCCAGCACAAGUUUUAGUGUAUCAACACAAAGGCCAAAUGGACCCAUUCAAGCAUUUUCAAUUGGAGAAGUAGGCAGUCGUCAUUCAGGUCAUGAUCUGCAUGGUGGGUGUGCCGGUCCCAUGUCAAAGCCUUCACAUUUCAUGCCCCACUUGCCACAAAGUUCUCCAAGUCGUUUGGGGCAGCAAUCUGUUCAGCGGUUCAAUCAUGGGAGAUCAUCCACAACUGUUCGUGGCAGUGAAUGGAAUCCUGUUAAGGUUCAGCCACCUCCUUCCAACUUUAACUCUGGGGCUCCUCUUUCACCUGGAAAUAGCUUAUUCAGCAAUGCCACUGGCGCAUCAUGGGGGCGUAGGGGCAACCAUCCUGUCGCCAACAUUCCACCAACAUCCCGUGGAAGAAAAGAUGGAAGGAUUGCAUAAUGCUGCAAAUAGCUUUAAUUUUCCACCCCAAGGGGCUGUGUGAGGGUUGGCAAGAAAAGUUGUACGAUAGAUGCAAAUCCAAACCAUUCUCAUUCAUUGUGCUUGCAUAAAUAUAAUUUAUGAUUGUGGCUUCCUUAUUAUCUGGUCAUUUUGCAUAUCCAUCUUCUGGUAGUUGUAGCCAAUGGCAGUAAGUUGCCCUCUUAAAAUGAAAAUUUUGAAUGCCCACUCCUAUUGAUACAGUUCGAACUGUUGAAUGAAUUUAACCUGGUUAUUGAGACGUUUA